AGGCCUCGGGCCCUGACCUCUUCCCCUCUCGCUCCUUCCAGUUAUUCCCAUGCCCUGGAUGGCAUGUACCGAGUCCUCCGGGAAGAGGGCCUGAAGAAACUCUUUUCAGGAGCAUCAGUGGCAUCGCCCCGCGGGGCCCUUGUUACUGUUGGGCAGCUUUCCUGUUAUGACCAGGCCAAGCAGCUGGUUCUUGCAACUGGAUUGCUGUCAGACAAUGUCUUCACUCAUUUCCUGUCCAGCUUCAUCGCUGGUAUAUGUGCCACAUUCCUGUGCCAGCCCCUGGAUGUGCUCAAGACCCGCCUCAUGAACUCCCACGGAGAGUACCAGGGUGUCGUUCACUGUGCCAUGGAGACUGCCAAGCUCGGACCGCUUGCCUUCUACAAGGGUUUUGUUCCUGCUGCUGUCCGGCUCAUUCCUCAGACUGUUCUCACCUUUCUCUUCCUGGAGCAGCUGCGCAAAUAUUUUGGGAUCAAAGUGACCACCUGAGUCUGAGGGACCGGACCCUGCCUUGCCCCAGGGGGGUGAGCGUGUGGGUCACCCCCAAGAUCCCAAAACCUCUCUCUGCUCUCUGGGGCCAGUGCCAUUCCCCCUUCUCUCAACUCUAUUCCUGUGCCUUGCCAGCACCUGUGGCCAACAACCCCCUCAAAAACUCACCUCUUCUCUCACUCCCAUUCUCAGCAUUUCCACCUCUGCAUUACUGCUUCUGGAGGUUUUUGUGGGAGGAAGGUUCUGUCUUCCCAUUUCUCUACUGGCUCUGAGUUCUGUCCUUGCCCCCCCUCAGUCUUGCCCCUGAUGUGCCCUAGAAGCAGGACUGUGCUGUCUCAGGGAGUAGGGAGACCUGUACCUUGUCACAGAGCCCAUGGAGCUGGGGGUGCUGCUGACCCCACAGCUGUGGGGCUGGGGCUUGGGGCAGUGUGUGUGAGGCCUUGUCUUCCCUCUGCCUUCAGCCCCCAUCUUCCUCCCUGACCCCAGUGCAGCUUGAACCUCCUGCCCUGCUCCUGGCCUCCCAUCCUCUGCCUCUGCUUGGCCAAAACUCCUCAGUGCCGCUGGCUGCUGGGCUCUUCAGGGAUUGUGCCUCAUAGCAAUGAUGGUGGGGAACAUGGCCUUGCUCUGGCAGAGCCUGGUAAUGCCUGCCUGGGGACCCAGUACUCACCACAGUGCACCUACCCCACACUGGAUCCGCCCUCUGUGGGGGCAUCCCCCACCACCACUCUGCAGCCUCACUCACCUUGGGGCUGGGCAGACCCCUGCCCCUCACAGCCCCUCACCCCACACUGCCCAGUGGAUGGGGGCUGUGAACACCAACCCCUCCGCUGUGUGCACCCCUGUGUGUGCUGGCUCCAAGAAAUCAAAGAACUGGAAUAUCUGAGACCUUGAUGUAUAAUAAAGUGUGAAGGUGGCACAGG